CGCGUCGCUGGGCAGAACAAAACAAAAACAAACAGGGCAGCGAAGGGGGCAGAGCGAGGCCGGCAGCGGCUGUGGGGAGCGGAGCCGCGGGGACGGGGCAGCCCCGGGACCGCUGCCUAGUGCCUACGGGAGAAACACAUCUGUAAUGGAACAUUCUGCUAGGAAGAAGAAAAUCAACCUCCUAAGAUAGUCAGAUGAUCUUGAUUCCCCUUCCUGAGCCUGAAAGGAAAGUAUUAAGAUUGCUGUUUACAGUCAGUUCAGUGGAAGUGCAAUUAAACAAGUAUGGAAGUAGAAAAUGAGCAGAUAUAUAAUGUUAACCCAACAGAACUUGAUCAUCUAAGUGACACUCCAUUUUCUGGUGAGGAAGAAAAUGGUGGAAGUGAGGAAAUAAAGACUGAAAUCAAUGGAAAUUGGAUAGCUGCAUCUUCCAUUAAUGAAGCUAAAAUUAAUGCUAGAGCAAAGAGGCGGUUAAGGAAAAAUUCUUCUCGUGAUUCUGGGAGAGGAGACUCUGUUAGUGAUAAUGGAGAGACACUGAAAAGUGGAGUCACUGCACCAACUAGUCCAAAGGGAAAAUUUCUGGACAGACGAUCCCGGUCUGGAAAAGGAAGGGGACUACCAAAGAAAGGUGGUGCAGGUGGCAAAGGUGUUUGGGGUACACCAGGGCAAGUGUAUGACGUGGAGGAAGUGGAUAUUAAAGAUCCCAACUAUGACGAUGACCAGGAAAAUUGUGUCUAUGAAACUGUAGUUCCACCUUUGGAUGAAAGAGCAUUUGAUAAAACUUUAACACCAAUGUUACAGGAAUACUUUGAACAUGGAGAUACUAAUGAAGUUGCGGAGAUGCUGAGGGAUUUAAAUCUUGGUGAAAUGAAAUACAGUGUGCCAGUGUUGGCUGUAUCAUUGUCAUUAGAGGGGAAGGCUAGUCACAGAGAAAUGACAUCUAAGCUCCUCUCUGACCUUUGUGGGACAGUAGUGAGCACAAGUGAUGUGGAAAAAUCAUUUGAUAGACUACUGAAAGAACUACCUGAGUUGAUGUUGGAUUCUCCCAGAGCACCACAGUUAGUGGGCCAGUUUAUUGCAAGAGCAGUUGGAGAUGGGAUUUUAUGUAGUACUUACAUAGACAGCUACAAAGGCACCGUGGAUUGUGUCCAGGCUCGAGCUGCAUUGGAUCGAGCUACUGUGCUGUUGAGUAUGAAAAAAGGUGGAAAGCGUAUAGACAGCGUAUGGGGAUCUGGUGGUGGACAGCAAUCUGUAAAACAUCUUGUUAAAGAGAUUGAUAUGUUGCUGAAGGAGUAUCUACUUUCUGGAGAUGUAUCAGAAGCUGAGCGUUGCCUUCAGGAACUAGAAGUGCCUCAUUUUCACCAUGAACUUGUAUAUGAAGCAAUUGUGAUGGUUUUAGAAUCAACUGGAGAAACAACCUUUAAAAUGAUGCUUGAUUUGUUGAAAUCCCUCUGGAUGUCUACUGUUAUUACUCUGGACCAAAUGAAGAGAGGUUAUGAACGAGUUUACCGUGAAAUCCCAGAUAUUAACCUGGAUGUGCCACAUUCAUACUCUGUGCUUGAGCGGUUUGUAGAGGAAUGCUUUCAGGCAGGAAUCAUUUCCAAACCACUGAGAGACCUCUGUCCUUCAAGCUCCAGCCUGCUGCAGGCCAUGCCUGAACUGAGAGCAGGGAACACCCCCUUUUGGGUAGCAUGGAGGAUGAAGUUGCCUGAUUUUUUGAAUGCAGAUAGGAGAGCAAGGGGAAGGAAGCGCUUUGUAAGUGAAGGAGAUGGAGGUCGUCUUAAACUAGAGAGCUACUGAGUGCAGAAACCAACUCUUGCAGCCUUAGAUGUUUAAAGGGAAAAAAUAUAUUCUUUAUCUAAAUUGUAAGAGUUGCUUAGCACAGUUCAUAUAUAUAUAUUUUUAAAGCACUUGUUUUGGUACAAAUCAUUUCUGAAAUAGUUUUGUAAAUUUAUAUUCAGGAAGGAAAUUCCUUUCUCUGGGCAUAUAGUAGAAGAGAACAAGUAACCACAUUUCAGUGGUGGUGCCUUCAAAUAAGCUAACCUUUCGUAAGUGCCAUAUGUUUAUGACCUAAUCAUUCCAUGUUCUGCAUUGAUGUCUGACUGUCACUCCUUUCCUUCAAGGACAGUGUUUAUGUAGUAAAAUCACUGGUUUAUACAAAGCUUUAUUAUAGAGGGGUCAAGUUAAGCUGCUGUAACCUCAUUUUGGCUGCUGCUGUUGAAAUGCUGUGCUUUGGGAGGAAAAAUGGUUAUUUCUUUAAAGAAUCUAAAAAAUGGAUUGGUCAUAAGAUGUAUUCGUCUUUUCCAGGGGAAUGCACUGAUUGGUCUUAAAGACCAGUGCAGUAAAAGGUGGCUGGAACAUCUAUUUCUCUACAAAACUGGAAAAAAUGAACAAUUCUGGUAGAAUGUAUUACAAAAUAAAUUUUUGUAAAGCUA